AUGUGUUUGUAUGCAGAGCCGUCCACGCUGUUCGAGGUAGGGGCUGACGGGAAACUGCGGCUGCGUAACAACUGGAAGAAGAUCGACCUUAGCAAGAUCACAAAAGAGGAACUGCUCGCGCUCGGUAUUGACCCAAACCUCUCCGCCAAGGAGAUCGCCAAGAAACUCAAGCAAAUGUUCGGUAAGGACGUCCAGAUCGUUCAGGACGGUGUGUUGAUCGGAACGAAGGGAAUACACGAGUACGACCGUAACGUGGAUGACGACACCCUCGCCCGGGACCCGGACCUAGACGUCAACACACUUACGGGCGUGCGGCGCGUUAACGUGAUAAUGACGCGGGGCGGCCAGGAGCUGCAAGAUCAUAUGAAGAAGGUCAUACGCCUCAGCAAGCUCGUCGACCAGUACGCAAAGGAUCUCGACGAAAAAGCUGACAUCGACUUCCUGUCCCAUUACCGGCUUGUGGAUCCUGCCAUGAUCGAGGCGUAUGCUCGCGCAUUCGUCGUUGAGGACGGGGACCUGGAUGCAGUCAUCAAUACAAACGAGGCGCGUGUUGCCCUGGACGGUGUGCCCUCCAUUCAAAACAUGACGUCCAAGCAGAUGGAGUACGUGAUGCGCGUGCUCAAGAUCGACGAAGCCACCCUGAUCACCUUCCGGAUGUUCGCUGUCGUCACAGCGCUCUGUGAGAGGGUUACCCACAUGGAUUCGUUAAGCCAGCGCCUCCUGGAGAUCUGUAACCUGGCUGACAUUGAGCGGAAGUUGGAGCUUUACAAAGCGAUGUUCUACACGAACACGGAGUCAGACAGGGACGCUAACUACAUCACUUCCGAAUCCCUCAAGAUUGAGCUGAUCGCCGGCGGACUGAACUGGAAACAGCAGCAGUACAUCAUGGAGAGGAUGGAGCCGAACCAGUUCGGAGAUAUUUCGUUCCUGGACUACAUGUGCUACAUCCCGCUGUUCUUGUCCAUGCACGACAACAUCGUGUACAACCCUCUCGAUAUGUCGAACCAAAAGUACCAACAACCGCCCCGCGAGCGCCCGCCCUCCGUACAAAGGGACAUGAACCCGCUAGGAUGUGAUCUGACGAAGCAGUCCGCGUACUGGGUGCGGAAGAAGGCGAUGGAGAUGAUGUCAGGGACCUCGAAUAACGCCGUGCAGGUCUCGCGUAGCUACAUGGACAUACUCAAAAGAUACAAGGCAGACAGAUACACCAGGUUGAAGAAAGUAGAUGAUCAGCGAGCAAAGAAUAUGUCGCUGGUGAGGGAGCCUACGGCCUCUUCUAUAUCUGAAGACUCUGGAGAUAUGAUCUACUGACGUACUCCGCUAUAACGCGAUAUUCUCCAUGCUCCAUAAUAACGCCAUGCGUUCGUGACAUGAUGUCCUUCGUCCGCAUAUAACGCUGGCGACUC